AUGAUUCCUCUCGUCUUUAUCUGGGCAGUUCUGGCUUCCGCCCAACUCCCUGUACCUAACCUAGGACCUGAACUCAGCGAAAAUAUCAACUUUAAGAAGACCCUCUUUAUAGAGUGCCUAGGGCAGAAGGCUCUCAAUGCCUGCUGUGCGAGUGAGAGCGAACCAGCGUCUUGUCUUGGCAAUGCGCUUCGGAUGCCUAACUCUGCCGAAGCAUCGGCAACUACUUCAGAAGCUGGCCCUACGUCAUCGUUGUCGUCCGAGGCUGCCGUCAGUACAGCUACGGCCGAGGCACCCCGUGUGACCAAGGCUCCCUCCGGCAAUGCAGCCUGCGCGAGUGUCUCCGAGUCUUUGAGCAUCUGCAACAGCUUGAGCCCAGGCGUAGUGUCCUCUUCAUUCCUCUUCCAGGCGCCCUGCCUGUGCUAUAACGCCAACUACAAGUUCGACCCGAGCAUUUACGAUGAACCCUUUUCAAACUGCUUGGCAUACUAUUCCACUGCGUCACCGUCCUUCUACGCCUCGCUUGCGGCGUCUUCGAUUGGCUCCAAGCCGUGUGCUAGUAUCGGCGAUGUAGUCAAGUCUUGUUCUGAGGCAGGAUCAUGCACGCCUGUUGAGACGGGAACUCGCAGCGAUAGGUCGAUAACGUCUGGCAGCAGUGAUCAUGGAUCAACUUCAACACUGGUUCCACUGACAAUAACCACGUCUACUAAGAAUGCAGGGCAGAUAGUUUCGUCCGGAGAUGCAAGUAUAGUCGGAGUUGUACUGGUAUGGGUAUUGUACUUGUUCUAA